CAAAAUGAAAUGUCUUUAAUUUUUGUUAAAAAUUUUGUUGCUAUGGUCCCAGCCAAUUAACAAUUUUCGUUUUUUGAAAUUGUCCAAUCAAAUGCGAGGUCAUGAAAGGUCACUAAGCAGCUGGAAAUUUGAAAUUUUGAAGGUGGACACGAUUUUGACAAGCUUCUCUUCAUCCUUAACUUCUUCUCGAAAAGGAAAUAUUUAAAGAGCAUCAUCUACCUUCAACACCACAGUUUUGGCAGCACCAUUGUAAAAAGAAGAAAUUCUUGUAUCAUAAAGAACAACAUCAAGUGCUUAAAUAUCCUAUUAAAGAGGCUAGAAUAUUUUUGCCAGAACUUUUUUCUAGGACAGUAAACAAACUCAUCCAUCAAAAUGCCAGAAGAAUCCAGACUCAAGACCUACAAGAACAAGGGCAGAGAUUUAGAUGAGAUGCGUCGUAGAAGACAAGAUGUAUCUGUAGAAUUGAGGAAGCAGCGUAAAGAUGACCAGCUAUUGAAGCGUAGGAAUGUUGCGGUAGAAGAUGAAGGUCCCACCAGCCCACUAGCUGAUGCUUCCAAUAAGCAAAAUGUUGGACCUUCAUUGACUUUGCCUGAGAUAAUUGCUGGUAUUAAUGGAAAUGACACAGCCCUUCAGAUGCAGGCCACCCAAGCUGCUCGUAAACUACUCUCAAAGGAGAGAAAUCCUCCAAUAGAUGACAUCAUCAAGGCAGGGGUUAUCCCUCGAAUGGUAGAAUUUCUGUCACAUACCGACAGGCCAGAACUUCAGUUUGAAGCAGCCUGGGCAUUGACAAAUAUAGCCUCUGGCACCAGCGAGCAAACAAAAGCUGUUGUAAAUUCUGGGGCUGUGCCCAAGUUUGUAAAACUGCUAGAAUCUGGCAACCAGAAUGUUUGUGAACAGGCUGUGUGGGCUCUUGGCAAUAUUGCAGGUGAUGGUCCUGAUAUGAGAGAUUAUGUAACAGAAUGUGGUAUCUCUGAACCUCUACUUAGACUGGUGCAGGCUGAUACAAAUGCAUCAUUCUUGAGAAAUGUUACCUGGACGCUGUCUAACCUUUGCCGCAACAAAAACCCACCACCAAACUUCAAGGUGGUAAAACAGUUCCUUCCUACGUUGAACAGAUUAUUGUUUCACCAAGAUAAGGACGUACUGACGGACACAUGCUGGGCAUUGUCCUAUCUUACUGAUGGUACCAAUGAUAAAAUACAGGAAGUUAUCAAUAGUGGUGUUGUUACACGUUUGAUAGAAUUAUUAAACCAUAAAGAAGUAUCUGUGAUUACACCUGCCCUCCGAUCCAUUGGUAAUAUUGUCACUGGAGAUGAUACCCAAACACAACAUGUGAUAGACAGCAGUGCUCUGCCCGUGUUCCAGACAUUGUUAUGUCACAAUAAGUUAAAUAUACAAAAGGAAGCCGCCUGGACAAUUUCGAAUAUCACAGCUGGCAAUUCUGACCAGAUUCAGGCUGUUAUUGAUACAGAGUUACUGCCCCUGAUUAUUGACAUUCUUAAAAGUGGAGACUAUAAGAGUCAGAAGGAAGCAGUAUGGGCUGUGACUAACCUGACAUCUGGUGGCACAAUGGAACAGAUCGGGUUCCUAGUGAACCUAGGUGUGAUCCCCCAUUUAUGUAACAUGCUCACUGUUAAAGAAUCCAAGGUGAUUUUGGUCAUCCUUGAUGCUCUAGGAAAUAUACUGCUGGCAGCUGAACGAGCUGGUCAGAAUGUUCUUGAUGCCCUGACAGUUAUGAUAGAGGAAGCUGGUGGCCUGGACAAGAUAGAGGCACUACAGAACCACGAGAAUGAGACUGUUUACAAGGCAGCUUUAGAACUCAUUGAAAAAUACUUUGGUGGAGAUGAGGAGGAUGAAAACUUGGCCCCGCAAGCAGAGGAGGGUGCCACUAGUUUCCAGUUCACCGCAGCAACUAAUGCUCCUCAACAAUUCUCCUUCUGACUGGACCAUUGUUCUGCUGACAGCCUGUUUCAUCGUGACGGCUAGACUUCAACCAGAUCUCACAGCUUUAUACUCUUGUCAAAAUUUGAGAUUUCAUUUGUAAUCAUAGUGACUAGAUAGUCCCAACUUAAAGCUAGUAAAAAAAAUGUGACCCAACUAGAACUGUGAAAAAAUAUAAAGGAAUGUAAAGAUAUAUAUAAAAUCUAUACAUUGUUCAGAUAUAAUAUAUUUGUAUUAAGAAUUCAUUGUUACAUUGUAAAAGACGUACAUGUAUCAUAUCUUAUCAUAUGGUGUAGGUUUUAAUCAUUUAAACAUUUUUGAAUACCCUUGUUUUGUCACAGGAAAUUCUUUAUGUAAUUGAAUUGAUUCUCACAUGUUUGACAUUAUAUGAUAAUCAUGUAAUAUUGCAAUGUUAUAUUGUUUACAAUUAAGAAUAUUGCUGAACUUUGUAUGAUAAGAUUUUAAUUGUUGACAUCUGAAUCAUUGAUUGAUUGCAAUAUACAAGGAGAUAACAUGGAACAUCAUUAAAUAGAAACUAGAUUUAUCACUUACCCGUGUCGAUUUUGCAGCUCUGUAGAAAUGACAUUGCACGGCCAUGCAAAUAUUUUGAUGUGACGUCAUUUCUGUUAUACAAACAUAGUGUAAAGACGCGCUAAAUGUAAGUGUUAUACUAUAGGGGCGUCAAUGAACAUUGAUUCUUUUGCACUUUAAACAGUCUUUUUUUCUUUUCUUUUUUCAGUUUGUGAUAAAUAGAAUAUUAUAUUCAUGUAGGUUCAUUACGGAAUUUAUUGAACUGGAAUAAAAUAAUUUUAUUCAACUUGUUCAGUAUUGAAUCUACACUCAUUCAAUAUUCUCUAUGAAUGCCUAUGGAUAUUGACAUUACACAUGUUUUUCAAGGUUGACUCAAAAAAGUGUUAAAACAAACCUUUUUUUUUUUGCUCCAUUAUAUUUCUGCUUGAUUAUUAUAAAGUUUAGUGGCAUGUUUGGAAUAAAUGCUUAUUUUAAUUUCAGGGAAUAAGAUUCAGUAUUUCAUAAAAACAGAUAAAGAUAUUGUUUUACAGAAUUAACAUUGCUUUGUCAUUGUACUUUGUGUAUAAGUGAGAUGUUUGUUUUGUAAAUAUAUAUACAACAAAGUAAAUGAGAUUGUAAUAGGUAUUGAGAUAUUAUAUAUAUGGGUAAAAAUGUCAGAAUAUAAGAAAGUUUUUCCUGUAUGAUUUGGUUUACAUGAAUAUCUUGAUGUAUAAUUGUUCAAUUAUGUAGAGAGUGAAAUGUGCAAUUGUUUAAUUAUUUAUAUAACCAAAGUGCUAUAAUCAUCUUAACAAUUGAAACCAUGGUGUGUUCAAGUUUAUUUUUCAGGUACUUGCCCAGAUGUAUUCAAGGUCUUUACAUGUGUUCAUUUUUUGGAGUGUCUGUGUGA